ACGAGUUUUCAUAUAAAAAGGUUAAACUUGUAAGGAAGAAUCUGUACAAAGCUGCAAGAAAUCAAUAACUAAACACACGACUUGGGAGACGCGAAGGCGCAUUUUGAUGACGUAGGGCGGAAGUGACAACUACUUGGACGAAUGGCGAACGGACCUUCAGUAAACGCCCGAGUGCUUCUUCAGCAGUGUUUACAUGCAAAGCUUCAAGUGAAACCUGCAGAAGAGGACUCUGAGGCAGAAUGGGUCGAGAUUAAUCGUGGAAUGGUCAUCUACAUUUGCUUCUUCAAAGGUGCAACUGAAGAUAUGAUCCCCAAAAUGGUGAACACCCUCCUAAAUGUAAAGCUGUGUGAGACUGAAUCUGGGAAAUACACUUCAGUUGUUGAUCUGCCUGGCAGCGUCCUCAUUGUACCUCAGGCAACACUGGGAGGGAAAGCGAAGGGCAAAUGCAUGCAGUACCACUACAACAUUGGUAAAGAGGAUGGCCAGAAGCUCUACGUCAGUUUUGUCACUCACUGUGAAAAGGAGCUGAGUUCGUCCUCAAAAUGUACCGAGGCUGGCACAGAAGUCAAACAUGGGACCUACGGCAACAGACAAGUCCUGAAACUGGAUACGAAUGGACCAUAUACUCAUUUAAUGGAGUUUUGAGAACUGCCCCAGGAAGGCGCAAAAAUGGAGGAAAAUUGUGUCAGUGUUUGUAAUUAAUAAAUCAAAAAAUCAUUUAUCUUUGCUAUAGUUGGUGAUCCAUGUAUAGUUUUUUUGUGCCUUGUCACUCCAUUCAACUUAACAGGCACACAGGAGCCUUGAUUAGGAGUGGAUCUGUGGUUUCUUGUUGAAUCAGAAAGUUUGAUGUUCAUCAGUAACCAAAUCGAGUUAUCUUUCUUAGACCUGUUGGACCAAAAGAAAGCUGUAUUUUUGUAUAUUCUGAAAGACGAACAUCAUCUUAUCUUAUACCUUGACAAAGACUAAAUGCUGAGAUAUGAAAAUGGCAGUUGGUGUGAUUCUGGCCUGGUUAAUAUACAUGCAUAAUUCAUUUUCCUAGUAACAAUAAAGAUCCAAAAUGUG